GCGCUUUGCCUGAAAUCCACCACCGCCCCCAGCCAACCACCUCGCCGGAAAUCGAGAAAUCCACCGUCAGCCAGUUCGCACCUCCUCGCCCGGACCCUAACUCCAGCAUACUCUACAAUCCGGUCAGCCGCGCCGCCGCGCUGCUCUCCUAAGCUCUCCCCGCCACGCCCGAGCGGAGCCCGGCGGCCAAGAACCCUUCCUGGUCGGCGGGAAUGGCGAACAAGAAGUUGGCCCCGAACCGGGGCAAAGGUUCGGCGGCCAAGGAGGCGGGGGUGUCCGCGCUGCAGCUGGCGCGCUCACCGCCGCCAGGGACACGGCGCCGAGCGCCCCCUUUCGCCGCUGAGAACGCGGCGCCCGCCCUGGCGUCCGCCUCUUCCAAGAACAAGGCCCCAUCCCUGGACAAGAAGGCGUCCGCCUCUGCCAAGAACAAGGCGCCCGUCCCGGACAAGACCAAGGCGUCCGCCUCUUCCAAGAACAAGGCCCCCGUCCCGGACAAGACCAAGGCGUCCGCCUCUGCCAAGAACAAGGCGUCCGCUUCCGAUGAAGAUGAGGUGGCUGGACCGCCCCAGGACACAGCAUUGAGGAGAUUCAUCAACUUCCUGUGCGAGAAGGCGGCAUCCAUGCCGUGGAGGGGACUACUCGACGCCUUCUUGACUUGGGUGCACAGCAGGAGCAGCGCCGGCGGCAAGGCCCACUGAAGGUUCUGCCCAUCAGGAGCAUAGGGAGAAUAACACUCAGCAGCAGGUUUCACCUCAAC